AUGCUGCCACUACCGGUUGCACAAGCGCUGGUAGCUGGAAACCCAGUGGAUCCGGAAGCCUUCGACAACGUCACCAUUUACUUCGGUGACAUUGUGGGAUUCUCCUUGAUCUCCGCCAAAUCUACGCCAUUGCAAAUUGUUGACCUGCUCAAUGACAUCUACACUACAUUUGAUGCAACAAUUGAGAAGUUUGACGUUUAUAAGUCACAAGUGGAUACGAUUGGUGGCACAUAUAUGGUGGCCUCUGGACUUCCUAUCCGCAAUGGCAAUCUGCACGCAGGAGAGGUCGCAACCAUGGCCCUAGAGCUGCUCAGUCUCAGCGCUGCCCUGGUAAUUCGACACCUGCCAGAUGUGCCCAUCCUCUUGCGCAUCGGCAUCCACUCGGGAGCAUGCGUAGCUGGUGUCGUCGGAUUAAAGAUGCCACGUUACUGCCUCUUUGGGGAUACGGUGGAUACCGCGUCCAGAAUGGAGUCCGCCAGUGAAGGUGAGAGCUAG